AUGGGAUUAAAUUUUGUAGCUUCGGUUGUUGUUAAUGGUGAUUUUGUUGCUAAGCUUGAUAAGAAAGAUGUGGAUUCUCAAACGAAGAACUGGGAGGAUGCUCUAGUUGUUUAUGUUGUUGGCCAAAAUCCCACUCUUACUUCGCUUUCACAAUAUGUGAAUGUAUUUUGGCAUUUGAAGUAUGAACCUGCCAUUUUCAAACAUGAAGAAGGUUUCUUCACUGUUAAGUUAAACACUAAGGAAGAUAGAGAUAGAGUUUUGCUCACUGGGCCACAUUUAUUUUAUGGAAAAGAAAUGAUAGUGAAUAAAUGGUGUGCUAACUUUAAUUUUCAUGAGGAAAUAUUAAAGGUGGUGCCUGUCUGGGUGAAAUUUCCAAAUCUCCCAUUGAGCUGCUGGGGUGGAGACUCUCUUAGUAGGAUAGGAAGUAUUUUAGUGGUACCUCUGUUUACUGAUGAAUGCACUAGUAAAGGUUUGUGCAUCUCCUUUGCAAGAGUGCUGGUGGAGGUGGAUGUAACUCAGAAACUUCAGGAUGCAGUGAUAGUGGAGGAGCCUAAUGGCAAGUGCUUUACUCAGAAGGUGAUAUAUAUAUGGCUUCCUCCUUUUUGUAAGAAAUGUUGUAAGGUGGGUCAUAAUUGUGAAGUUAACUCUGAAGGUAGGGCAAAAACUAAGGUCAUCCAGAAGUGGGUGCCUAAGAAAGUGAAUGUUGCUACCACAUCCAGCAAUGUGGAGGUUCCCAUCUCUAGACCUAUAGAGGUUCCUGUACAAAAAAUUGCAGAAGAGGGUGAAACAGAAGUAGUUAUUACUCCAGUUGCUACCCCUGUGAAUGUGGGCGCUGAACCAGAAGAAGGAGGAGCUUGGAAGGUAGUCACAAGGAAAACAAAGGAUAAAGGGAAAAGGGAUACAUAG